AUGGGCUCAACAAACCCCACAGAUGAGAUCUCUGGCUCUGCGUUAGAUUUGACUGUUCUUGGUCUCAACAGUGGCACGUCGAUGUAUGGCGAAAUUCCAUUGGAACCAGUGAUUAAGAAGCGAGUCAUGAAUAUGAUCCUGCACAACCAUACUUCGCCCUCCGAACUCUCAGAAGUAAAUGUGAUCCUCGGCGAGACGUUCGCAUCCGCCGUACAUCAAUUCUGCAAAGAGUUUCAAGUCGAGAUCAACUCGAUCGACGUUCUAGGCUCCCAUGGCCAAACGAUUUGGCUUCUAUCCAUGCCACAGCCUGGCGAGACGCGCAGUGCUUUAACGAUGGCAGAAGGCUCCUUCUUGGCAUCUCGCACCGGUAUUACCUCUGUCACCGACUUUCGUGUCAGUGAUCAAGCAGCCGGUCGCCAAGGGGCGCCUCUGAUAGCUUUCUUCGAUGCCCUUGUACUGCAUCAUCCGACCAAGCUACGUGCCUGCCAAAAUAUUGGCGUUGAUGCUUGCUAUGAUUUCGACACGGGCCCUGGAAAUGUCUUUAUCGAUGCUGUCGUGCGAUAUUACACAGAUGGCCAACGCGAAUACGAUAAGGACGGUGAGAUGGGCGCCCGGGGAUCUGUAGAUCAACAGCUCGUGGACGAGUUCCUGAGACAUCCCUACUUCGCUUUAGAUCCUCCCAAAACUACUGGCCGCGAGGUUUUCCGUGACACGCUUGCACAUGAGUUGAUUAAGAAGGCAGAGGUCAAAGGCUUGAAACCUGACGAUGUCGUUGCUACUAUCACUCGCGUUACUUCACAAGCAAUUGUCGAUCAUUACCGUCGCUAUGCACCCGAGGGACUUGAGAUCGCAGAGAUCUUCAUGUGUGGUGGUGGGGCGUAUAAUCCAAAUGUUACGGCUUUCAUCCAGGAAAAUUAUCCUAAUACCAAGAUUCUCAUGCUUGAUGAUGCUGGGAUUCCCGGCGGUGCGAAAGAGGCCAUCACUUUUGCCUGGCAAGGCAUGGAAGCGAUUGUCGGUCGCUCGAUUCCAGUUCCCACCCGCGUUGAAAAUCGCCAAGAUUAUGUAUUGGGUAAGGUAUCCCCAGGAAAAACUACCGCAAGGUUCUACGUCAUGGUAUGA